AGUUUCGACCAUGUCUACCGACAGCACCCAGCCACAUACACCUAGCCACGACCUGACGAGGGUCCAGCUGUCCGGCGCGAACCAGUGGAAGCGGGCUGCUCUGAUGGCCAGGGCGGCGCCAGCUUUUCGGGAGACCGUCUCGGAUGACAGCGAGGACGAGGUGGACACCAAGAAGCAGAUUAAGUACGGAAGCGGCUUUCAGGCGGCCAAGGCCAUCAUCCAUGAAUACUGCGACUACACGACCAUCCACGGCAUUCGGUAUCUGGGCGAGAAAAAGCGCCCCUGGCUGGAGCGCCUGUUUUGGGUCAGCGUUCUGCUGCUAUCCAUCUUCACCUGCUGCAAGCUGACCCUCAAUAUUUGGGACAAGUGGAACAACAAUCCGGUGAUCGUCAGCUUCGCCGAGAAAUCCACGCCCGUCUGGCAGAUCCCCUUCCCGGCCGUCACCGUUUGUCCCGAGACGAAGACGCGACGUUCCAUAUUCAAUUUCACCGACUGCUACCACCAGGUUCGAGACUUUGCCCUCAACGUCAGUGGAAUAGUGGAUCUCACCGAUAAGCAAAAAGAGUUGUAUACCGCCGUGACCCAGGUGUGCGAACCCCAUCUGCACGACAUUGCCCUCGGCAAGAACACCAAAAAGGGCAUGGAGAUCAUCGAUUCACUUACCGAGGUGUCGCCUCUCUUCGACGACACCUACCUGAACUGCAAGUGGCGCAAUAUGCCCGUCAAGUGCAGCGACAUUUUCCACAAGUUCGUCACCGAAGAUGGAGUCUGCUACAGCUUCAACUCGCUCAGUCCCGCCGAGAUCUAUCGCCCCGAGGGCAUCAUUCCCGAUUUUAUAUUCCGCGAGGAGAAUCGUCUGUCCAUGGACUGGAAUGUGGAGGAUGGCUACAGCGCUAGCGCUGAUACAUCCCCGUAUCCCAAUCGCGUGCUGGGGCCUGGAUCCAGGGCUGGUCUCUACCUGUUUAUGGGUGGCAUGGAGAUGGACUUUGAUGAUAUGUGCCGUGGUCCUGUUCAGGGUUUCAAGAUUCUUUUACACACCCCCGGAGAUGUGGCCCAAGUAUCGAAGCAGUAUUUCCGCAUACCCUUCGACCAGGAGGUGCUCAUCUCUAUCCGGCCCAAGAUCAUCACCACCUCGGACGGACUGAAGCACUACGAGCCGGGCCGCCGGCAGUGCUACUUCCAAAAAGAGCGCGAUCUGCGCUUCUUCAAUAUCUACUCCCAGAGCAACUGCGAACUGGAGUGUCUGGCCAAUUUCACCCUGACCAAGUGCGGAUGCGUCAAGUUCUCGAUGCCGCGCAAUGUGAAUAUGCCCGUCUGUGGCGCGGCCAAUGUCAAGUGCUACCACAAGGCGGAGGACGAGCUGCUGCUCAGGGAGUUUACCCAGGGGUUGGUGUCGUCAGGGGAGAAUACCCGCGGUGAGACCGAGUGCAACUGCUUGCCGUCAUGCACGUCAAUAGCCUACGAGGCGGAGAUCUCCCAGGCGGACUUCGACUACAAGACGGUGAUCAAUAGGGACACGCCCGAGGGCAAGGAGACACAGACCAAGCUAGAAGGGAUGAAGAUGUCGCGUGUCUCUCUCUUUUUCAAGGAGGCCCAGUUCCUGACCUCGCGCCGCUCCGAGCUUUACGGCACCACCGACUUUCUGGCCAACUGCGGCGGUCUCCUGGGCCUCUUCAUGGGCGUCUCCAUGCUAAGCAUCGUGGAGCUGGUCUAUUUCUGCACCGUACGUCUCAUUUCUAAUCUGCGAAUGCGCCGCAAGACCCGUAAAGAGCUCCUGCAAGCGGUCAACAAGGAGGCCUAAUGGAAAGGCCUCCUUAUAAAUAACCAAGUGGCACUUGGCCACAGAGCUGCCCCUGGUAGUCUGUAUUUUUUUUGUUUUUUUUGCUCCGUAUGUGUGCUGCGCUAAAUGUUUAAUCU